AUGAAAGUCCUUUCCACUAUUAGGAUGGACGGUACUUUCAACCAGCUGGCACCGCUGCACCGCCUUAAGGGUAGGAGGGAGUUAUACUCCUUCGACCUUAAGUCGGCGCAGGUAGAGGAGGGCCUCUUACCUGUUGACCUCUCUGGAUCUCUGUUGGCGAGUCUUUUCGGUGACUCCUUGGCCAUGUAUUUGAGUGGGGCAUGGUGCUUUCUUAUGACCAUGGUGGGCUUUCGGAGUCCGGAUAGACUCCCUUCACGUUUGAAGGCGAGAGUUUAUCGGUUUACUCGAGGCCCUUUAUUCCCUGCUCUCGGUUACUACUCAUCAUGGCCGGUAUUCACCCUAACGCAUCAUGCUUUAGUGUGGCUAGCGGCUUAUGAAGUGUAUCCAGGGCAGAGAUUCGAGGAUUAUGCCAUCCUCGGCGAUGAUAUAGUUAUCGCCGAUAAGAAGGUGGCCCUUGAGUAUCAGAGGAUCAUGGAGGAAGCACAGGGGGUUAUUUCGAAAGAGAAAUCCCUUGUGUCCUCUAAGGGGGCCUGCGAAUUCGCAAAGCGCUUUAUUAUUACCACAGGGCAGAUAGGACAGAUUGUAGUCCUGUUUCCCUGUCGUGUAUUAAAAUAUGUUCUGUUCAUGGGUUACCGUGUCUUCUCCAAGGUGAGGGUGGGAGUGAAUUGUUCAUUUUUCGAUUCACUCUCCCCCCGCUGGAAAAGACAUUGGUUAACUUUGUACUCAGGGUCCGGCAUAUGCCCACUCCCUUUUAAGUUAUGGUUAGCGUUUCCCGAAAGGGGAAUUCUGACUUGUUAUGAAGAAGGUGCAGUUCGGGCUUUUAUCCUAGAACGGGUUGCUCCUCGGGAUCUGGACGAAGAGUCCUUUUCCCAGUUGCGCCUAUUCUGGAUAAAUGAUGAAGAAAUGAUGUUGGAGAGACUUUUACAGUCUUAUCUCAAACUCCAUCUUGAAUAUCUUCAUUGGUAUGCCAAGGUAAUCCUUGACUUUUCUAUUUCUUUGGAAGAUCUAAUGAAGCCCCCCAUCGCACCUCGGCGCAUCGUCCGAGUAUCCGAUGAGUCCACCCUGAAAAGGUAUGGGCUCGCGUUCAAAGCAUGGGACUUUGUCCGUAAUCUAAAACCAAUCUUGGCUUUAGAUGCGGGCCCCACUAGAGGUUUUAUACUCUUGUGA